UCACUGUCUCACUCUCUCUUGCCCACAUUUUUUUCCCCCGGAGAGCGACAACUGCAGGGCCCAAAAAGAGGCCGGAUUCUUUGGUGUUUUCUGAACCUUCUUUACUUGUCCUCAAAUGGCCACCUCUUCCUCCUCCUCCUCGCAUUUCCUCCCAUAGCUCGCAUUCGCAUUCGCAUCGCACUCACCCUCUCCUGCAAGCAAAGCUAAAGCUUCGGUUUGGUUAUUUCCUUUCCUCGCCGCUUUUUUCUUUGCUUCUUGCGGUGGCCAUGGCGGUAAGGAGGAGGAGGAGGAGGAGUAGAGCCGCGGCGGUUCUGGUGGCCGCGCUGCUUCUCGCCGCCUCCGCCGCCACCGCCUCCGCGGCGUCGUCUUACCCCGCGAAGGUGGUGACCGGGUUGCUGUCCAGCACGGCGUCGGCGGUGGUGAAGCAGCUCUGGUCGCUCAAAUCGACCGCCACAAGGACGGGGUCGGCGGCGGCGGGGAGGUCGAUGGUGAAGUACGAGGGCGGGUACGCGGUGGAGACGGUGUUCGACGGCAGCAAGCUGGGGAUCGAGCCGCACGACGUCGAGGUCACCCCCUCCGGCGAGCUCCUCGUGCUCGACUCCAUGAACAGCAACGUCUACAGGGUCCAGCUGCCUCUGUCGCGAUAUAGCAGACCGAAGCUUGUUGCUGGUUCGCCGGAAGGAUUAUCCGGCCAUGUCGACGGGAGGCUGCGGGAGGCGAAGAUGAACCAUCCGAAGGGAUUUACAGUGGACGAUAGGGGAAACAUUUAUGUUGCAGAUGCUAUGAAUAUGGCAAUAAGAAAGAUCAGUGAUACAGGGGUUACAACCAUUGCUGGGGGGAAAUCAAUGAGAGGUGGGCACCUAGAUGGGCCAAGUGAUGAUGCAAAAUUUUCUACUGAUUUUGAAAUUCGCUACAUCAGCAGUAGCUGCUCCCUCUUGGUUAUUGAUAGAGGAAACCAAGCAAUUCGCGAGAUUGCACUCCACAAUGAUGACUGUGAAUAUCAGUAUGAAGCUGGUUUUCCACUAGGCAUUGCAUUGCUUUUUGCUGCUGGUUUCUUUGGGUACAUGCUUGCAUUGCUUCAGCGACAGGUUUUAGGGAUGGUAUCAACAGCAGAUGAACCUCAGACUCCUCCAAGACCCAGCAUUGCAAGCAUCCCUCCAUAUCAGAAGCCACUAAAGCCUUCGCUUCGGCCUCCACUGAUCCCAACCGAAGAUCAAGCUGGGAAACAUGAGGCUGAAGAGGGGUUCUUCACCUCAAUCGGCAAGCUCAUCGGAGGAGCAAAAUCAUCUGCGGUAGAGAUAUUCUCACGAAAGAAACGCCCAACCCAUCAGUACCAUCAUCACCUUCAGCAGCAAAGAGCCAACCCUUGGCCGGUGCAAGAAAGUUACGCCAUCCCACAUGAUGAGACACCGCCACCAUUGGACAUGAGAGCAGCUACUCCUCGGAAGAACUACGCCUUCAUGACGAAGGAGCCUGAAAAAGUUCACCAUGUCCGCCAUGGCCGGCCUUACUUCAACGGCUGGGACAUGCAGCAUGCCCCUCAGCAACAGCCAGAGCAGCAGAUGUACCACCAGCAGCACCUGCAGCAGCACAGGCAGUACUCCGCAGGCCCGCAAACUUUCUACGAGCAGAGCUGCGAGACGACAAACGAGAUCGUCUUUGGUGCUGUCCAGGAGGUGGACACCAAGCGGCGAAUGGUGGAGAUCAAGGCCGUGAACUAUGGGGACACAUUCUAUGAGCAGUACGGGAUGCGGUAUCGCAACAAUUACAUCGGCUACAACAACAGCAGCAACGGCAACAACAACAGCUACUACUAUUAAACAACCAACCCUUCUGCCCUCAAUUUUCCCCCUCUCUCUUUAUCCCUGUUUCUUUCCUAUAUGAUUAGAUUUACCGCUCGCGUUUUCGCUUCUCCUGACCUCCGCGACGCCUGUAACAAAAGAAAGAAAAAGCGGGGGGGAAGUAGAGGCACUAAUCUUCUUCAGUCCUGACCUGUGCAAUGCAAUGGCAAACACCUGGGGAGGGGUUUUUGUACUACACCCUGAUGAUGAUCAGACACUCUUACACUACCAUCCUGUACAUAUAUUUUGUUGUUCACCAGCUCAGCUGUUCCUCAAUCCAUGUUGGUUGCAGCACCAAUCAGUCAUGCUGUGA